AUUCAAUAAGUCUUUUAAUUCGUUUAAAAACAAACACUGAUCACCUUUUACAGUUAGGUAGGUCCUGUGUAGCGGUUAGCACAUUUUAGACUGUACAGCCGGUCACCCGAAAGGCAAGCAGAAGCUCCGCCCUCACCGGGGCGGGGCCACGGGCUAUCAGGACAUCCCUCCGCCGCGCUGCGCUCCAUCCUUCCUGCGUGCUGCUCCUGCUUACGCGGCGCGCUGCCUGAGCCCGUCGGAUCGCCGCGCAGGCUAAAGCCAUGGCUGAGAGCGGCCGGACACCUCAGGCCCGUGCGAUCCUGCAGCAAUGCCUGCACGCCCGGCUGCAAGUACGCCCCGCCGAGGGCGACGCCGCGGCCCAGUGGGUGGAGGUUCAGAGAGGAUUAGUGAUCUACGUGUGCUUUUUCAAGGGAGCUGAUAAAGAACUUCUUCCCAGAAUGGUUAAUACAUUGUUAAAUGUGAAAUUAAGUGAAACAGAAAAUGGCAAGCACGUCUCUAUAUUGGAUCUACCCGGCAGCAUUCUUAUCAUCCCACAAGCCACCCUUGGGGGGAAAGUGAAAGGAAGAAAUAUGCAGUAUCACUCUAACUCUGGAAAAGAAGAAGGGUUACAACUUUAUACCCAAUUUGUGACUCUGUGUGAAAAAGAAUUAGCUGCUAACGACAAGUGUGCCGAAGCUGGGGUUGUGGUUGCACAUGGCACUUACGGGAACCGGCAGGUGUUAAAGCUGGAUACCAAUGGACCAUACACACACCUCAUUGAGUUUUGAAAAAUUAGAAGUUAGUUUCUAGGGGUUAGCUCAGGUGGUUAGAGCUCAGGCUCAUAACACCAAGGUUGCCAGUUCGAUUCCCACAUGGGCCAAGGAGCAGCGCCCUCCACAUCUAGAUUGCAGACAACUACAUGACUUGGAGCUGAUGGGCUCUGGAAAACCACGUUGCUCCCCAAUAAAAUUUAUUUUUAAAAAAUAUAAAAUUAAUACUUUCCUUUAAAAAAAAUUGUUUCUACAGUUGUUUCAUGGUAUAAAAUGAUCCGAACUGUAAUUAGGUUUUCUUCCCCUUCUUGAAUACACUAAUCUGCAGCAUUUUCAGACAAAUCCUGAGUCCCAUCCAUAAUUCUGUGACCCACUAAUUGGAUGAUCUUGCCAGUCACGUAAACUCUGGAUCUCAGUCACCUUUCAUUCUGCUUUCCCCUACACUUUGACUCAAAAUUUUGAAAAUUGCUUUCUAUUCACUUUAUGGUCAUUGUGGAAAUGUUCUUAGCUGUAUUUAGGUAUUUUACAAUGAAGAGUUUUGUGAAAUAAAGAAAAAUACGUUUUUUACACCUCCAAAUGUAUGUAGUAUGUAAUAAAAAUAACUCUUUGUAUUAAAAUUAGGUAAAAGCCACACUAA